UCUUAAUCUCGGAGAGAAACUGGACACUACCCAAGCUGCGGCGAAGCAGACGGACCUGGAUCUCGUUGCGGCCAAGUCUCGCGUAGCAGAUCUGGAGCAGAAGUUGAACAAAGAUCAACGCUCUAUUAUUGCAACUGAGAAUCAAUUCAGAGACCAAUUGACGGAGCGCAAUACGCUUUUGCUGACGAUUUAUCAAUACAUGGACAAGAUACUUGGCGUAGACAAGACACCGAAGGGCACUUCCGCCGAGACAAAACCUUUUACUAAUUUCGCAAUAUUCCAUGACAACAUCAUCUCGCGCUUGAAGUCAUUAAGCCAGAUCCAAACUGACGUCCAAAAGCGCGUGAAGGAGGCCGAGACGCGCUUGACGGAGAGGACCAAUGAACUCAGGAAACAACUCGACCAUCGGUGGAAGCAGGUCGACCGUUUUGAAUCUCGUGUCCAAAGUCUGAGCGAUGCCAAGCAAGGCUGGCGUCGUAAGUACAAUGCCAAAGAAGGCGAGCUGGAAUCUUUGAAGAGUCAAAAUAUCGAGCUGGGCAGCCAGAUAUCUGCUCUUAAACGAGCACCGAGGGGGACGAAUGAUACGGAGAUCCGUGCCGCCAACGCGCGGGCAGCUGAAGCUGAUCGCCGCGCCGCUGCGGCAGAGUCAAGGCGGAACCAGGACCAGGACAGGAUAUCAGAUCUUCUUGAGCGAGAAUUGAAAUGGGAGGCUCGCGUUCGUGAAUAUGAACGGAUGCUCAAGGAAGCUAGGGAGGCGCUCAAGAGAGAGAAGCAAGGCGGAAAGGAAAAUGUUGCUCAGCACGAGAGACAGAUGGCGGAACAAAUCGCCAAGAUGGAGAAGCGGUUCGGUGUGCUCAGAGACAUGAAGGACAUGAUGGACGACGCCGCCAAACCCACAAGAGGGAAGGAUUAGUGGGCAUAUUUCUAUAAGCCUGGGUUCGGGACGUUUUCUCGCUCUUCAUACUGUAAAACAUCACUUAGUUGUAUAGUACACGCAUUGACCCAAUAAU